AUGGCCAACAGCUCCUCGUUCGAUGGCUUGCACCAACUGCAAGGCGGUAACGGCGGUGGCUUCGAAAGCUGGGUCCAGGAGCCUUUGGCAGAUGGAAGUCCGGUGGAUGUCGUUUUUGCGACGCUGUCGGAGACGAGGUUACAGCUGGGCCCGUGGGUUCGCGACUACCGGACGCAGCCCUCACACACCUUGGAUGUAGCAACAUAUCAGAACUCGUUAAAGGAAGCCGACAAGAAAAAUGAGCUGCCCUGGACGAGCAUUUUGGAUGGAAUGGCGGAGAAGUACAACGGCAACCUGAAAACGUUGCUUCUGUUCUCCAGAUCUCGUUUCAGAAGGGAUCCUGACUCCCUGCCUCUUUUUGGAAGGCUUCCGGACAAGCGAGUUGCUGGUCUGGCCUUGCCCAAUCCCAAGAAGGCCUUCAUGGGCCGCAGCCUGCUGUCACGGCACCAAGAGUUGCACUUCUGCUUCGCUGGUGCACAUUUUCCAAUAAGCGACAUAGCAGCUGCACUGGAAGACGCCAAGAAGGAUAACCUAGAAGAGGCAAAGUUCCUCAUGGCAAGGACGCUGCGGAAGGUGUUGCGGAAAGCACACCGCGCGGGACUGCUGGAUGACGGCACGCUUCUCAUUCUCCAAGGCGACCUCAACAGCAGAACCGUUCUUCCUUCCGCGGGCCACCAGCUGGACGUGCUAAGCGAAGUAUUGGCGGACAAGAGCCUUCAGGCUGCAAUCCAAGCUGGGAUGCCCUUCUUGGACGGGGAAUGGUUUGAACCUUCAACAUCGGACCCUUUGGAGCUACCAGUAACAUACAAAUUUUCAUUUGAUGUGGGUGAGACAUUCCUGAAGGGUGACAGCUCAUUGACCCUGAAGUCUGUGCUCGACGCUGCGAGCGCCGUGGAGCUCAGCCCGAAGAGCCCUAGCUCUGAGCGCUACCACGCGACGCUGUGCAGCUUGCCAGCACAGCGGCUGAAGGAUUGGGGCUUGGAUUUCAAAGAGGGUAGUUUCCGCCCAUUUCGCUUUCCAGCAUCUGCCGAUCGAUUGCUGGUAUGGGCCCCCAGGAAACUCGCAAGGCGGCUUCGAUGGCACUUUCCCAAAGGAGGCUACGAGGUGCUCCACACCCAAGGGGGCAGCGACCACCGUCCGGUUAUCCUCGAGGCCACCUUGACAGUGGCGUCUUCGAUGCCAGAGGCUUCGGAGACAUCCUUGCCGGAUCCGUCCUUGCUUGAGCCGUCGGCGCAGCUGGUUGAGGCAAUCACCCAGGACGAUGCCGAAGACAGUGAUUCGGGCGAGUCUCCGGGACUGCUCGGCUCGUUGGCCAUGCCGCUCAGGAGCCUUGGCGGAUACGCACGGUAG